GUCAUAAAGUGCACUUUGGAAAUGACUGUUGGACUAUGCGCUAAAUCUACAGCCUUUUGGCACAGUACACUUUACAUCAGACAGCUGGAGGCGCGCCGGGGAUUCAGUACCCGCUCUGUUCCUCGAUGCAGUCUGGCAGCUGCCUCAUUUUCAAACGAGGUCAUGCAGUAGCGUUUUUAGACAAGUUUGCUGGUGACUUGCUCUUUUCUUUCUGAAGUUUGCGGCGUUUAUUCUAAUGUAGAAAUGUUAAAGGCAAUUCUGGGUGAACAGCUAGGCAAGCCAACAAAGACUAUAGCAGGAUGGCUGGUAUCUUUGUUUUUCAAAACAAGGAAUGUCGUUCUUGAGGAAAAUGCAGUCAGGCUAUGCAACAUCCAGCCCGACGAUACCGUUCUGGAAGUUGGGUUUGGUCCAGGGGUUGGUCUGUCUGAAGCUGCAAAGUAUCUCACAGGACCCAAAGGAAAACUUUAUGGGAUUGAUUACUCGGAGUACAUGUAUAAAAUGGCCAGCAGGAAUCUGCAUUCCCUACUUGAGGCUGGGAGAUUAUGCCUUUUCCACGGCAGCGUGGAGAGAAUACCGUUGUCUGAUAGCACAGUGGACAAAGUGUAUCACUGUAACUGUUAUUAUUUUUGGCCAGACCUUCGAACGGGGAGCAGAGAAAUUCACCGGGUCAUGAAACCAGGUGCAGUGAUGGUGUCAACGCUUUACCUAGAGUCUAUAAUGUCAUGUGCUUCAAAGGGAAUCCUAAACAGCAAGAAAUGGGAACCGGAGCCUUACAUGGCUGCUCUGCGGGACACAGGAUUUAUAGAUGUACGAAUGGAAACAAGACAGCACAAAGGAAAAGAAUUUCAAGCAAUUUUUGCCACUGCUAUAAAAUAGCAGUGCCUUGAGCAUUUGUGCAGUUUCCCAUGGACAAAGUCCCAUCUAGCAUCAUUUGCAUAAAAACCUGCUUAAGAAUUGAGCAGUCUUAAGAUUAAAGCUUACAUUUAUUUCUUACAGCUGUUAAUGGGCAAUAUGAUAUAAUCUGUUUGCUUUAUUAAUCAAAAGUUUGACGGUGUAUGACAGUGGGCAGAUAUCAGUAAAUAUUUGCUAAUAUGGA